UUUUUGGAUUACUGCGGUCAUGCCGAUGCUUCAGGUGAAGCGUGUGCUGGCCGACGUGCCGUACAGCCAGGUGUCGUGCGGGAACUGGAAGCGCAACUGGCAGGUGACGGUGACGCCGGACGUGAUACUGAAGGCGCCCGGAGCCCCCGACGUGGUGCCCAAGGCUCCGGUCAGCAUCCUGGUCAAGCGGGACGACAGGCCCCGUAAGGACGGCCUGUGCGAGCAGUGCCUCCGCGAGUCCAAGCUGGUGGGAGGGAUCAAGCCACGCAGCCGCUACCGGAGCCGCUCCCUCUCGGCGUCGUCCACCGACAGCUACAGCUCGGCUUCGUACACAGACACGAGCUCGGACGAUGAAGGCGUCUCGCCCCGCGAGAAAGUCCAGAAGAACUCCAAGGGCUUCAGCGACUUCUGUGUCAAGAACAUCUCCCAGGCAGCGUUCGGGCGACGCGAGAUCGAGAUUGCCGAGCAAGAGAUGCCAGGCAUCAUGGCUCUGCGCAAGCGGGCUGAGCAGGACAAGCCGCUCCAGGGGGCCAAGAUUGUGGGCUGCACACACAUCAAUGCGCAGACUGCCGUACUUAUCGAAACACUGGUCGCACUUGGCGCAAGUGUGAGGUGGGCUCCAUGCAACAUCUACUCUACCCAGAAUGAAGUUGCAGCUGCUCUUGCUGAGGCAGACAUAUCUGUUUUUGCCUGGAAGGGCGAAUCCGAGGACGACUUCUGGUGGUGCAUAGACAGAUGUGUUCAUUCAGAAAACUGGCAGCCAAACAUGAUUUUGGAUGAUGGUGGUGAUGCGACUCACCUUAUGCUCAAGAAGUAUCCGGCCAUGUUCAAGCUGAUCAAGGGCAUCGUUGAGGAGAGUGUGACAGGCGUGCACCGCCUGUACCAGCUCUCAAAGUCCGGCAGGCUCACUGUGCCGGCCAUGAACGUCAACGACUCUGUCACCAAGACAAAGUUCGACAACCUAUACAGCUGCAGAGAAUCCAUCCUUGAUGCGCUCAAGCGGUCCACCGAUGUUAUGUUUGGCGGCAAGCAGGUGCUGGUGUGUGGUUAUGGUGAAGUUGGCAAGGGCUGCUGCUCUGCCCUGAAGGGCAUGGGCGCCAUCGUGUACGUCACCGAGAUCGAUCCCAUCUGUGCCUUGCAAGCCUGCAUGGACGGCUUCCGUGUGGUGAAGAUCAACGAAGUUGUUCGCAACAUAGACAUUCUCAUCACUGCCACUGGUAACAAGAAUGUUGUCCAGAGAGAACACAUGGACAAGAUGAAGAAUAGCUGCAUCGUCUGCAACAUGGGACACUCCAACACUGAAAUCGAUGUGCAAAGCCUGCGGACUCCCGAGCUGACUUGGGAGAAAGUUCGUUCUCAGGUGGACCACAUCAUCUGGCCAGAUGGAAAGCGCAUUGUGCUACUCGCUGAGGGACGUUUGGUGAACUUGAGCUGCUCCAGUAUCCCCUCUUUUGUGGUGUCCAUUACUGCGGCAACUCAAGCUUUGGCUCUGAUCGAGCUCUACAACGCCCCUCAUGGGCGCUACAAGAGCGACGUCUACCUGCUGCCCAAGAAGAUGGACGAGUACGUUGCCAGCCUCCACCUCCCGACAUUUGAUGCCCAUCUGACUGAGCUGACUGACGACCAGGCUAAAUACAUGGGCCUCAACAAGGCUGGGCCUUUCAAGCCCAACUACUACAGGUACUAAAUGCCAUGUCGUCAUACAGUAGAGCAAGGGAACAGCCGAGCAUUCCAGUGGGCACAGCCGGAACAAGGAAGGGAGGAAAGAAGCCUUGGAACGCACCUGACCGAAAAGGGGAAAACCGCAUGUGUUGAAAAACGAAUGCGAAUGGAGUUUACAACCGUAAUAAGAUUGAGGGUAAAAGGGAGAAAGGGAAUAUUGGAACAGGUCAGCAAAAAGGAGAGGGAAGAAGUAUGACUCAAUACGUUCGUCCCUCUUGUAAAUAGGCUAGAUUCUCUCUGUCAUUUAGUGCCUAUUACGAGACAGCGAGAUACACGUGGAUCGAUGACACUUCUCUCCUCUUGUACAUAAACGCUUAUAGACUUUCUUAGUGCCUGUUCAAGAUGGCGAGAUCACUUUGCAGCUGAUAAUCCUAGUGGUCAUACAUAGAACAUUUUAGGAAUCGAGCACCGCACUUGUUUGGGAUGUAGCCCAACCGGCACACGGUCAGACUGUCUUCACGUUUGCGUCCACUCCCCCCGAAACGAGGCUAACCCCUCGUUUUACUUUUUUCUCUGGAUUUCUGACGUGGGAAGCGCAAACAUCCUCAUUUAUUUCAUUUUUCUUAGACUUAGUGUAAGUUUUUGCUGCAUCUGCCACACUCAAGACUUGAGAGAUACGAGUGCAGAUAACAAGAUACCGGUGUUGCCUGACUGUGGCAGUCUCAGUAUUGGCAUUUUUCUUUAAACGUCUCGGCACCCGUUUUUUUUUUAUGCCCCAAUUCGUAGCUGAUGGCACUGAAUGGGUAUUCUUUGUUCAACAGUAAUUCACAUGGAUAUUCCAGUUAUCAACUACUACAAGCUUCUUUACUGCAUACUAGGUGCGUUUGCGCAAUCUUAGUCACAUGGCAUUACUGUUUUGCUUUAGAAGGUAGUGAGCUAAUCACUUUACCACUUAUCAAAUGUCUCCUUAUCAGCGUUCAUUGCUAGCAGUAACUCUUGCAGCUUUUUGAAUAUUACUUGGUGCAAUCAAAUCCUGGUUUGAAGUUUUUAGACUUUACUACCAGUGUAGCGUCUUAUUUCAUUGCAGUAAACUUUCAUCUGUGCACUUGCUAGUCGUUGAAAAGUCAGUGUCCUUGGACUUGAUCUUCAUAAUCAGUUGGUUAAGAAACAUGAUGGUGACUUGUACGGUACUACUGCUUAACCAUUCUCAAACUUCUGAGGCGAAACUUGAAAACGUCACAUUUAUAUCAAAAUCACCUGAGGUAUUAAAUGUGUGUAAUUAACAUCUAUCAUCUAAUUUGGAACAGUUUCUAUCGGCAACUUGAUUCCUCGGGGAAGUGGCUUGAGUGAAUGAUAAGCGUUGGCUUCCGUGUGAAAAGGUUCCACGCCCAGUAUCACUUCUUUCUUACGUUCCCAUCAAGGGGCCUCAGUCAGGAAAUGUUGCCAUGACUUUAUUGAGCACAGAUCAACAAAUUGUCUGCACAUGGGGGUCAUACUGUCACAGCUGCCAAAAUGUAGCCGAGCAUUGUUGAAUGUCGGUACCUGACAGAUGCAGAUACAUAGUAAGUGGACACUUGCCAACCAGGCCAAAGGAGAACAAGUUAUUGUAGCCUGUCGGCAAGUUCGUAGGCCGUCCCACAAGAUAUGAUCGGCACAAAUAAAGGUGGGCUUUGGCAGUAUGAUAAUUGUGCAUCUGCUGCAGUCAACCUCCUGAAGAAUUGGAACCACGUCCACUUGAUUGUGUAGCUCCUUGUUGACACUAGGCAUUUAUGAACGUGUGUCAAGUUUGAACACCUUGUAAGUCUGACUGACGAAAUGAUUUUCAUGAUCUGUUCUCUAGUUUUGCGUGAUGUGCAGAACACAGUAGAAACGCAUCAUUUCAGUCCGCAUUAUUACAGGUUUGAAGAGAGCAGGCAAGUUCCCAUUGGUUCAAAUAUUACCAACGGGAGGACAGAAACGCACAUUUCGUGACAUUCUAACGUAAUGGCCGGCCUGCCUGUAGUACGCUAGUGCCUUGGUAUACAAUUUUACAAAUGUAGUGCCCUGACAAUAAUGGCUGUUCCCUCUGCUACUUAGUGCUCGAAAUUCUUAGUAUUUCAUCCCCAAGUCUUGAAAAAUUAUGCUUAAAUGAAGGUAAGCCAGUUUAUCUGGCUGACCUUCUUAGCUUUGAGUUUGUUUUAUUCACUAAGUUUAUGCCCUGCAUCUGAAGGCUUUCAUCUUUCAAAGUUGUUCGCUACGGAUUGGAUUGUUGCGAGAACGUGGCGUAAGGCAACUAAAAAAAUGAAAAAAAAAAGACUGGUCAAGGGCUACUUGCUGCUUUUGAGGCUGGCCAUUUAACCCCUGCCUAACAUGCAUGUAGCUCUUCUGAAAGUUUUACCAGUAGUGCAUAAGACUGUCAAAAAUUGAUAGAGCUUUUCUGCUUCUAGUUUGGACAACCAAGCGCGUUUUGGUCUUAGUGUUUCGAAGAGCUGUAAAGGGAAGUAUGCCCAAGCUUUUAGUUUUUUUUUUCACUGCUGCAUUUAUUUUUGUCCAUGCCAGUUAUGGCACGGUUACGUGACUUCACAUUCUGGCAAAACAUUUUUCAAUGUACAAGUUGACAGAUAUUGCCACAUCUGCUUAGCAAUUUGUCAUUUUCAAUUGCUUUUGUAUACAACUUCACUACAGUGGCCAGAGCUUUGUAUUGUAAAGGUCCCGAUUGAUCUAUAGUGGCUGAUGCCACGCUCGUUAGCAGCAAUGUAUAAUCAUGCUUUGCUAUCUCGCUUCAUUGAAAUGUUAGUCUAUGUUAUCUUUAUAUAUGCACUCGAAAUAAGCACAACACAACAUUCCCGCGUGACAGAAAAACAGUGCUGCUCUAAGGUCUUUGUCUCUGACACUUCUGCCGUGGUUUUAUCCUGGAAUACUUAGAAGGUGUAGCUGUGCUAGUACUGCUGCAAGCUUCAAUUGUGUUUAGGUGAAGUAGCAAAACGAAACAAAGGCACCAGCAAACUAUUAUUUGACACUUAAUAAGCCAGUAACAUUUAUUUGUUAAUCUUGCAGUGUAACAUCCUCUUACCGGUCGCUGUCAUUGCAUCUUCUACACUUACUUCUUAAAGGUUUUGGUUAUCAGUAUGCAAUAUCUGUAGUCAUUUCAUGCAUUAAAAAUUAUGUUUCUCUUAGUUGAACUUGUGUUUUGCAGAAAAAUUGAUUUCUUUAAUGCUUCCAUUACCCUUUAUUGAUUAGAUGUCCUAAUGAGUAGGCACUUUGUUUGGAGAUUCUCAUGUUCACAUUGCAAUCAGGGCCACCUAGGAUCACUUUUAAACUUCUUUUCUUUUACUUAUUAACACAGACCUACUUUAAAGAUUACACAAGGGGCCCUUAUUGCUGCCAUUAUGCGAGAUCUGCCUUGUGUUGGAAUGUGAAGUGUGUUGUGCUUCAGUGAUUUUCUGAUAUGUCCUUAUUGCAGUUGUAUCGAAUUGUAUUUGCUUACCAUUCCUGUCACCUAAGACACAUUCAUGGUAUUGAAAUACUGUCAAAUGGAAUGGCAUACUGUGAAAUCUCUAAGAGAAAAUCUUGCAGAAAUUUGGUGUUUCUUGCGUUUUUUGUUCCAAUGAAGUUUCUGGCAUUGUGAAUUUAGUGCAUUGGUUCGGUCUCUCUUUAAUUUGCAGUGUGUCAUCACUGAAUGCUUCCUGUCUAAAACCUCCUGUGCUUAUAUUUUGAAUGGCAAUUGUAAUUAUUAUCAACUCUUUUGUGGUGUUGAAACUUUACAGCACAGGAGACAUACUAGACAUACUAGCAUUGUAAAUCUAAAUUACUGAAGAUCAACUAUAAUAAUAUUGCUGCUAUGCAAGUGUGUUCUGACUUUGUGCAAAUACAUCAAUGGAAAGCAUACAGUCUUGUUGCUCGUUACAAUAUUGCUUCUAUAUUCAUUUACAAAAGCAGCAAUGCAAUUAGCCAGUAGCAAAGUUACUGUUGUAUCUAUAGCAGACUUGAAUAUGAUGUAAAUGUAUCCUACAGAAAUUUCCUUCCAAACUAAUCUAAAUAAGCAAUGUGAUGCUGCCCUGUCUGUACAAUGAAUGUUUCAUGUGGAAGGGACAAGGCCUGCAUGUAAUUUCACUACAAAAUGGGUCUGAUUGAAAACUACAUUUGCCUUAAGUUAAAUGGUCUUACAUUGCACAGAAAUGCUAAGAAAAUUCAAAACAUGCGGUGGGUUAAUGUGGGUAACAUAAACUAAAGAACUGUGCGACAAGGUAGGUGCAGCUAAACUGUCUAGAAUGUAUCACAUAAUAUUGAUAUUAUGGCAAGUUAAAAGGCUGACAUGCCUUUUAGGCCAACAGGGCAAUGUUUUUCAAGCUUUUUGUUACGGUUGAAUAAGUUUGACGUUUUGAGCGCUUAAUUAGUCUACUGGAGCCACGCGUCAACUGUUUCAUUGUUAAAAUCUCAAAACACCACUCAUGGUCUUUACAAACUAAGACGCCAUGAGUCACUUGCCGCAACUAGGGCAAAAUAUUUGAGCUGCAAUACCAUGUUGAGUUAAUGUGAGAUCAGUACAUGUACAAAUGCUGUCUUCUGUAGCUGUAUUGAGAAAGGUCUGCCAUAUAAUCCUUAGCAUAUAAUGGACUGUAAUUCCAUAUGAAGUGGUAAAUACGCACAGCCUCUGCGUUUAACGUUAAUGCAAAACUUUGUAUACACUGCUUUUUAGCUUUUCUGUACUAUCAUUUUGCAUUUGCUAUCCUUAUAAAGAUAGCUGCUUUGGUGCUUCACAUUAUUUUGUAGUUGAUGGUGCCAUUGUCUGCAGCUUUUCUGUUGUUUUUUUUUCCCCACUUGGUGCGAGCAUUUUUCUGGGAAUGUUUCGGGAGGAAUUGUGCUGGAAAUGGGAUGUUUAAGAGGAAAUGCCUUUUUUGCUACUGUUUGUGUUUAUGUUGCCCUGCUUUAUGUGGGAAAUCUUUCACAGAGACGAUGACAGUUGCAGAGACCACAGGGCUUCUGCAGCUCACGAAGAGCUGUUGCUCAAAAGUUCUAGGUUGGUGUCGUACGGGGACAACACCUUGCGAAAUGUUGGGAGCUCUUCUGCAGCAAUUUGCUGAUGAGGGAUGUGAAAGAGAUGAUAAGGAGGACGGAAAGGAGAUGCAGAAUGUGAAACUUCACACAAACUCUUGUACACACUCUUUUGUUGCAGUUUUUGUUGUCUGGUUGCUCUGCUUACGCCUUUCUUUUUUUUUUUGUCCUGUGUACGUUUAACACUAUAUUGUUUUUUUGAUAGUAAAAUAUUGUUUUUCAAUGCGA